GUGCCAGCGUCCCGGCCCCGUGCGGAGGCGCCCGGGGACUCCAGUAACUUGCUGAUCCCACCCCCGCGCGAGCUGGGCAUAGUGCUCAACUCCCGGCUGGAGAAUCCGGAGGAUCCAUAGUGACAGUAGGGAAGAGUAGAAAGUCUCCUUGCUCGCUGGGAGAGCGCAGGGCCACUUCGCUCAACAGCCGGCAGACUGGGGAGGCAGCGCCGCGGGUGGAGCGCUCGGCCAGGACAGCCCGCGGCUGGUCAGCUGGAGACGGGAGGGAGGAGCCGCAGCGGGGACUCGACGUAGACGCCCUCGCCGCCCGGGAUGGGAAGUGCCUUAUAAAGCCGCGGCUUGCGCGGCGGGACAGACUCCUGGCGGCGCCGCCCCGAGCGCCGGGCGCUAGCAGCCGCUACAGAGUGUGCAGGGAAUCCGGGCACAUCCGCGGGGCACCGAGACUCUCAAUCGCCGUUGUGGGGUUCGGCCGCGUUGUAAGAAGGAUCCUUGAUCGCUCCUUCCCGGAACCACUCUGCCCAGGCGGACCCCGGCUGGGGGCCGAGGGCGCCCCCGGAGGCAGGGGCAUGCGCGGCCCGCGGCAUGGCCUCGGCGGUGUUUGAGGGCACGUCGCUCGUGAACAUGUUUGUGCGCGGCUGCUGGGUGAACGGGAUCCGCAGGCUCAUCGUCAGCCGGCGCGGCGACGAGGAGGAAUUCUUCGAGAUCCGCACCGAGUGGUCCGACCGCAGCGUGCUCUACCUGCACCGCAGCUUCGCAGACCUGGGUCGCCUGUGCAAGCGCCUCCGCGACGCCUUCCCCGAGGACCGGCCCGAGCUGGCGCGCGCGCCGCUGCGGCAAGGACUGCUUGCCAUCAAGGAAGCACACGACAUAGAGACCAGGCUCAAUGAGGUUGAGAAGCUGCUGGAGACUGUCAUCAGCAUGCCGUGUAAGUAUUCUAGGUCAGAGGUUGUACUCACCUUCUUUGAAAGAUCGCCUCUGGAUCAGGUGUUAAAGAAUGAUAAUGUCCAUAAAAUUCAACCCAGCUUUCAAAGUCCUGUCAAAAUAUCAGAAAUCAUGAGGUCCAAUGGAUUUUGUUUGGCAAACACAGAAACAAUAGUUAUUGACCACAGCAUACCCAACGGAAAAGACCUGCUCCUGGAUGCAGACUCCACUGAGCGUUUGUUUGAGAGUGGUGGUGAGUUCACCCCAGAUCUGGAGGACGGUGAUGACCCGGCAGCUUACGUCACCAACUUGUCCUAUUACCACCUGGUUCCAUUUGAGACAGACAUUUUGGACUGACACUCUCCAUCAGGCCUUCUCUGCCUCAGUCCUUGACUGCAUGUCCUCAUGUUGUCCACUGAGUGGCCUCAAGGGCCAAAGCUGCUGCUCAGCCCGGGCCUCCCAGGGUCCUGAGGUUCACCAGGCCUGGACAUCCUGAAAGCGGAGGCACAGAGCCUCUUGAUGUCCAUGGGCUGCGUCUGGGCUGACUCCAGCAACAGGAGGCCACGUGUCCUGCUGCUCUGCCUCUUCUCCUGGGAGGCACUGUUCCUGUGGGCCGCCCUUCCUCUUGUUCUUAUUGCCUACUUGAGGGGAGCAUUCCGCUUGGUCAUAUGCCCUGGCUCCCCAAUUCCCCUCGUGUGUCAAAGGCGUGAAGCAUUUCAAGAGGAUUUUUGAUAAGUCACCAAGGUGUGGACCACAAGGGCAGGGGAUACUGAGUGACUCAGGGCUUCCCUGAGAUGUGUGGCUUUACGUCUUCUCCCUGGAAAUGGGGUCUGGGGUCAGCUGGAAAGAGUGUUUACACAAUGUCAAGCCUAGAGACGAGUACUGGCUUCAGGGAGGGGAAAGCAUCCUCAGUGAUGUGCAUAUGAACCCAGUGAGAAAUUUUCCUCCCUCCUCUCUGCCAGCUCUGAGCUCUUCUUCCAGGCUGUGAUACUGUUUCCACCACCAAGGGUGCUUGAAGUUCCUCUCCCGGUGCACUCAGUGGCAUAAUUGCCAUCAUGAAUCAGAAGGGAAGGGAUGGGGAGGAAGGGACGCUUACAGCUUGGACCACAGGAAGGUCUGGGUCCUGCGAGCUCAUCUCUUCACUGUGUCUACUAAUGACCAACACUUGCUAAUGUAAAUAACAGUAAGUUAUUGAAAAUUCUAAUUCUUUUACACAGUCUGUUUUUAAUCUAUUUUAAUUAAAUAAAAUCUAUUGCUCUACUUUGA